GUCCACAAAGAGCGUCUCACAUCUGUACUGUGCAUCUGCAGUGAACGGGAUCUCUGCUCAUUUUUCCUCAUCUGUCUACAACAGGAGAUCAGAAGACCAAGUGUCCACCAUGAACCCCAGGCUCACCAAAAACCAGCAGAGAACAAUCUGCUCUCAGCUGGGAAGAUUCAGACUGCAGCUGCUGUACAAGGCCAGCAUCCACGGCUUCACCGGUGCAGCAUUUCACCAACGUUGUGACAACCGCUCUCCCACUGUGUCUGUGGGCUACAACAACUCUGGUUAUGUGUUUGGAGGCUACACCAAACAACCUUUUAGUCAGUCUGGACAGUACGUGAAUGAUGAUCAGGCUUUUCUUUUCACAUUCAGUGGUGAAAAACUCCUCAAAUAUCCAGUUACUGGUCCUGGAUAUGCAGUGAGAAUGGUAGCUAACUGUGGUCCUUAUUUUGGAGAAGACUUCGUUCUUGUCAAUGGAAGUCAAGCAGUAGUGUAUAGCAAUCCAGGAAAUUAUUACAACUUCCCUGCUGCACAAAUUCAUGGCAAUAACUUCAGCCUCACUGAGUGUGAAGUCUACCAGGUGGAGGAAACUCGAGAGGCUGAACUCGAGAGGCCGUGGAGGACUGUUAUCUGGGACUUCCAGAAGAGGAAGGAGCUGAUUGAGAGCAUUAAAAGCUACAAACCCACAGUCAGCUCUGUGACCCAGGCUCGGGUUUUACUCAUUGGACCAGUUGGAGCUGGAAAGUCCAGCUUCUUUAACUCUGUCAACUCUGUAUUCAGAGGACACGUCACCAGUCAGGCCAUAUCUGGCUCCUCCACCACCAGCCUCACCACACAGUUUCGCACCUACUCUGUGAAAGAUGGACGUGGAGGGAAACCUCUGCCAUUAAUCUUGUGUGAUACCAUGGGACUGGAGGAAAGCAAAGGGGUGGGGCUUGACAUUGAUGACAUGAGCAGCAUCCUCAAAGGUCACCUGCCAGACUGUUAUCAGUUCAACCCUUCAGCUCCUCUGUAUCCCGAGGCUCACGGCUAUCACAGGUCUCCAGGACUCAAGGACAAGAUCCACUGUGUGGCCUAUGUCAUCGAUGCCUGCAAGAUCUCCAUCAUGCCCAAAGGGCUGGAGGAGAAGCUGGACUCUAUCCGCAGAAAGGUCAACUUAAUGGGUAUUCCUCAGCUGGUCCUUUUCACUAAAGUAGAUGAAGCCUGUCCACUGGUGAAAGAGGAUGUGACAAACAUUUAUAAGAGUGGCUACAUUAAGGACAUGAUGCAGGAGGUCAGCUCUCGGCUCGGUGUGCCGCUGUCCUGUGUUGUUCCUGUGAAGAACUACAGCGAGGAGUUAGAGCUGGACACAAAUUGUGACAUCCUGUUGCUCAGCGCCAUCAUCCAAAUGCUUCGCUUUGUUGAUAAUUACUUUGAUGAGCUCAGUGACCGAAUGAGACACAUGCAAACCAAAGAACAGAUAUAAAAGCCUGAGCCACUGAUGAAAUAUCCCUGAAAAUAUUUAAUUUACCCGCAGGUGAUCCUGCAGAGUGCUAGUUCAGUGUGUUAACAGGUUUAUCUGAAGGAAUUCUCUUCUUAGAAGAAUUUCUGGGAUUACCCAGAAAAUUGGGAAUAUAGGGAGCUAUAACAUUCAGUGUCUUGCUUAAGAAAUUCAGUGCACUGCUCUUUAUUUUUAAAUGUAUUCAGUAGAAGAAAAUUAUGACAUUAA